UGCGGCAUUCAGGUUUCUGCUAGUAUAACCUACAAUCCGUUUUCUUUCUCAUCAAAUUAUUUUGUUUACAUUAAUUCAGUUUUUUGAGAAUUUACAAAUUUAUAAAUUACCCGUCAGUACUCGGUAAAGUCAAAGGAGUGAUAAGGAAUUACAUAAUACAGCAAUUUUAAUUUAAAUGAGACAUUUCAGUGUGUAGGAGUGGACUUUAAAAAUAUGUCAUAUGAACGAACUUCCGAAAAUGUUCAAACCAAGAACAUAUACGAAGAAAUUGAUGUUAUUGGUAAAGGAGCAUAUGGAAUGGUGUAUAAGGCCAGAAACAGGUCGAAUAAUACGAUAGUUGCCUUAAAAAAAGUAAAGGUACCUUUAUCAGAAGAAGGUAUCCCCAUGAGUGCCUUAAGAGAAAUUGGACUUCUCAAACAACUCGAUACAUAUGAACACCCCAAUAUUGUUAGGCUUUUGGACAUUUGCCAUGGACAAAGAUUUGAGAAGGAGUUGGUGAUGUUUCUUGUUUUUGAACAUGUUGACCAAGACUUAGCGUCAUACAUAGAAAAGCAAGCGCUUUCGUUUUGUGGAGGAAUAAAUACUAAUAAAAUUAGGAGUAUGUCAAAAGAAAUUCUUAGCGGCGUAGAUUUUUUACAUAGUCAUAGGAUAGUUCACAGAGACUUAAAACCCCAAAACAUUCUAGUUACCCAAUCAGGUAAUAUUAAAUUGGCCGAUUUCGGAUUGGCCAAAACUUACGACUUUGAAAUGAGACUGACAUCUGUAGUUGUAACGUUAUGGUACAGAUCACCUGAGAUUCUUUUGGGACUUCCGUAUGCCACUCCACUAGACAUUUGGUCGGUUGGAUGUAUUACUGCAGAAUUGUAUUCACUUAAACCCUUAUUCAGGGGAAGUUCAGAAGGGGAUCAAUUAAGUAAAAUAUUUCAAAUUUUAGGUAAGCCUUCAGAACAGGAAUGGCCUAAAACUAUUACUCCUAUAAAGUACAAUUCGUUUGAAGUUAGAAAAAAAUUAAAUUUGAGGACUUUAAUUCCAAAUAUGUGUGAUAAUGCUUAUGAUCUUAUAAUGAAAAUGCUGUGCUUUAACCCUGAUAAGCGAAUAAGUGCCCAAGAAGCUCUGGAACAUAACUAUUUCAGAGAAGAACCGAUUAAUCCAUGAUAAAAUUAAGUGCCUUAUGUAUAGUACAGUAGUUUUUUCCUUCUCAACUAAGCCAACCCAUAAAAUAGAUAAUAUCUGCCAAACAGUACAAAAUUAGCUUUAUGAACUGAACCGAAUAAAACGAAUUUUUAACGAAAUGAAAUCCUAGAUAAUUAGGAUUGUUGUUCAAUACUACAAAUUAUAUUUACAUUUUUACAAUAUACAUAUUCUGCUUUUACAACGAAAAUCGCUUUAGUUCGUAAGUUUUAAACUAAGUGCCACUAAAAAUAUCAAAUUAUAAUUUCGAUAUUUUUUUAAUUACCAAUAAAGACA